AAGUGGCUUUGUCAAAAUAUCUGCUAACUGCAUAUCGCUUGCACAAUGAACGAAAUUUACAAUGUUCUCAUCAGAAACGUCUUUGGAAAAAUGAUAACGAACAUCAAUGUGCCUACUUCGUUUGUUCUUAAUCCCUGUUUUAAUAAGGUUAAUGGUACUGAGGUUGUCAAUUAGUAUCGUCGCCUUAAUUUCAUUAUUUGUAAGUUCUUCGAUCAACUUUUUGAUGUAUAGAAGUUCUUUAAAGCAUUCAGCAGCACUGAUGAAUUCAGCUUCAGUACUACUUAAAGCCACAAUUAGCUGCCUCCUAGAUCUCCAAGAAACUGGUCCUCCAUUGUAGAAAAUGAUGAAUUCUGAUGCGCUCCUCCGUUUCUCCUCAUCACCUGCAUAGUCCGAGUCACAUAAGAUGUGAUUCUUGAUUCACCAUCCCCUCCAAAGGCGAUUCCUUUGUUAAGAA